UCUACACCAGCACUUUUAUCAUAGAUACUGUCUAUGCUUUUAUACAUGAGCCAACUAACUACCGGCCUGUAUUGCCUAGCCUCGAUUCCAGGCCGCGAAGAGGUAGACUAGCAAGCCGUCACUGUUGCAGCGAACAGUGACGGCUUGGCUUGCGAGUCUAGCGAAGAGGAUUCUCUUCGCGGCCUGGACUCGAGGCUAGUAUCGCGGCGAGUCUAAGUCUAGUCAUCAGUCAUCACUGUGACAACAGAAAUCGAAAAAGAAUGCUAAAAAUAAUUGGUCCGAGAUCCUGUAUGUGAGAGUCUAUGAAGUUUGCAAGAUGUCCUCAAAACGUAAAGGGAAAAGGUUUCAGAAACAUGCCAAACAAAGAACUGUGCUUCCUGAUAGCAAAUCGAAUGAUGAAAUUGCUCUCAGUCAGACAGAUCCACUGCUAGAUCCUGCUAGUCAAGCGUUGCUUGUCACUCAACAAGCUAAGAAGAAAAGACUGCAAGAUGAAAUCCAACUAGCACUUUCAAAAAUACAUAAACGUGUUGACUAUACACUAAAUGAAUACGAGGGCAUGCAGAUAAAGUUGCAGUCUGACAUGGAUGCUUCCAACAUAGAGGUUAUUGAAGAUCCCGCCUACUUGUAUGAGUUGUUAGGGGAUCCACGUCAUCGAUACAAAUACCACCAGAAAUUGAUGGUUAUUAUUCUUGACUUGGAAGAAAAGUGUGACAAUAGGGAACGUUUACUAUCAUCAUUGUACAAUUUCUUUUUGGAGAAUCAGGCUGGAAGCUCUAUGAGCAAUCUGCAUAAAGAAGACGACUUCGAUUUUGAUGAUGUCACCUCUAGUCUAGAAAGUGCCAUUGAUACAGCUCAAAAUGCUGCAGAACGAUUAAUGGUAAUUAAGCAAGAAAUGAGCAAGCUCAUAGCAAUUGUAGCAGCUUAUCCUUACUCAAAAAAAGGAAGAAAGAACUUGGAGAAGGUGCUUAUUAAAACGCAGGAGGAUGUAGAUAGCCUGUCAACUAGUCUUGAACAAGUACAGACCAAGCUUCAGGAGUCAAGUGGUCAAAUUAAACAAUUGCAAUAUCAGAUUGAACUCAAAAGUCAGGAAUGUGUAAAACUAAAAUCAGACGCUGAUGAAGUCCAAUUUGCCAAAGACAAGAUGUCAAAUGAGCUAAAAGAUGCACACAAUGAAAUCGAAAUUCUUAAAGCUCAGCUGCAGGAAUCAAAAACAGGGAUUUCUGUCAACAACGAAUCGUUCCUGAAAACUACUUUAAUUGCAGCAGAUAGGAAUAGAAUUAAAGAACUUGAAAAUCAAUUUGCUCAAGAGAAACUGUUUUAUCAAGUUUUGCUCUGUGAGAAGGAAGAGUUAGAGAAUGAACAUCAAGAGGAGUUAAAAUCACUGCAUAAUGACUUUGAAGCUGAAAUGGGGGCAAUCCAUGGUAGCUAUGAGGAGCAGCUCAUGAGCCUGGUGGGAAAAAAGCUCUUUUCUCAUGAAAAAGAUAAUGGUGUGAGAAAUAGAGAAGCAAACAUGUUUCCUGUGAGAAAGAGUGGUUUGUUCAGAGAGGAGCCAAAAUAUCCUUCUUCAAUUGAUCACAAUACCAAGCCUACUGUCAAUCCUUUAGACACUCCCACUAGUGAAAGUGAUUUAGAUCCAUCCACUUCUCGUAGAAGAAGGUGGAGACGACUCUACUCUGUUCUCGGAAAACAGAGACUCGUAGGAGAUACUCACCAUGAAGAAGAUGCUCGUCAUGAAUUGGUGUCCAACAGUGUGGUUCUAGAUGAAUUAAAACAGGAAUUCGAGUUUCAAAAGAAACAACACAAUGUUGACGAGCUUACCCCCAAAUACCAUAAGACUAGUACUGCUUGGAAAACACAGUUGACGUUGAAUGAGAACAAAGAGAAUAUGCUCAUGCUAGCGGUAGAGAAGCUCACUACGACUGUGGCUCUUCUAGAAGAGGAAAAGCAUACCUUAGAAGACCAAGUAACCAUGUUAGAGGUUGAGAAUGCUGAAUUGAUGAUGACACAUGCGAAGACACAGAGUGCACUAGAAACGCAGCAGUUUCUUGUGAAUGAACAGGACAGUUCGUUUGCUAGAGGUGAAGAUUCUGUUCUUGCACAAUGGAGUGAGCCUGAGCUAGAAAUAGAAGACACAAUCAAAUGUCCCCAGGCUGGAGCAUCGCCAAUGAACUAUGCAAGCACUUUGCAUAUGUGUGAAGUACAAGAGGGAUUGCCCAUGCAGCUAUCUGAAGGACCCAGCCCCUCUCCAACAAAUAGUGCUGUUGGACCCAACAUUUCAACUUUGAUUCCGCCCAGUCUGCCACAACAGUCACAUGAGCUGACCCAUGAUCACCCUGUAAUGAUAGAGUGGUUCAAGUUGUGUGAAGCUGUGAGGGUAUUCCGUGACUCCAUGAUCGGUGUUCUUUGUCUGAGUGGGCGAUUCUAUUCUGUGGCUGAUGACCUUCUGGGUAUUAGCCUGUAUUCCAUUGACAAAUCUCAGGAUGUUCAUGGUGAAGCCAUAGCUGCUAGAGUGUGCCUCUCCCUUCUCUUAAAUCAACUCACCCUAUCCCUGACGGAUGUCCUCGCACAAAUCACCAACGAAUCACUGUCUCCUAUUGAUAGCGAAGAGGACUUGAGAGUGACAGUGAGAAAGAGGCUAAAAGAUCAAGAGAACAUGGGCUUCAUUGAAACAGAGAAAAGCAAGGAUAGAACAUCAAGCCAGCCUAUUAAAGUGAACAAUCUGAAAGCAGAGCUUGUUUCUCUCAGACGAUCUAUGGCUUUCUCACAAACUGACAAGGACAGUGCGAUCAUGUUCACCAGACUGGACUCAGAUAGGAACAAACACAUUCUCAAGGCGGCUGUGGAACAGAGCAAAAUUUCCAGCUCUACUUACAAUAAAGUUGUUAAAGCAAUGAAAGAUUUCCUCUCCAUAGCUGAUCAACGCAUGGCAAACCUAACUUCACAUGUUGCUAGUCUAUCUCAUGUAAAGCGGUUGGUGAACGAUGUAGAACGUAGCUAUGAGUCGAAGCCAACAGCAUCUAACAUUUUAGAUGGACUUAGUGACCUACAACAAAGAAGGAAAUUGAAAUUUAGCAUUAAGAUGGACCACCUUGCACUGAAGCGACUUGAUCUUGCUUAUAUGCUCUCACGCACGCUACAGCACAUUGAAAAAUAUGCCAGAGUGUCUCUGAUAAAACCCAUCUUCUCGAAAUUAGCUGGCUUAGAGGCACAGUCAAUGAUAUUUCCGAUGUCACGUCCCUUGCCGAUAAAAAAGACACAUAUUCAAUCAGAAAAUAGCAUGCCCUUUCCAUCAACGAGGCUAAUAAACAGACUGCUUCAGUCAAGGCAGGACAAAAAGAACAGUGAAAGUGGUACAAGGAAGCAUUCUAUUCCUAUGAGGAAACGGCAGACUCAUCAUACCCCUCCCACUGCACGCACUCCCGUAAGUAGUGAUGUUGAAUGGUCAAUGGAGAGCAUAUACCCACCACUCCUAACGGCUCGAGAAUCUCUGGUGCAGCAUUUCAGCCCAAUCCACGUGCAACCACGAAAUGUGGAAAUUAAUAUCGGGAUAGAAAGGCACCAACAAUCCUCGUUGG